UGGUGAGAUUUCCGGGGGAAGGCUUAUUGUGCUGCACAGGGAAUAGAGAAGUCUGAGUGAUUGGAGCUGUGAGACAGAGAAGUGUUGGAGGAGCAGAACUCUCCUCUCUACAGCUGAGAUAUUGAUCAGUGUAUGAUUGAUUUUACUCACACGAGGAUCAUCCAGAUUGGAGAAACUAUACAGAACCUAAACCUUUACGUUGUUCUUGGAACUUUGUAGAAUAAACGCAACCUCCAGAAAGUGCCUUUCAGUGAUGUAAUCAAACAUUUUUGGAAAAAGAUAAGUUUAAAUGUGAAUAACAUUAAGAAUAAUCACUAAGCUCACAUCUAAUGAAGCCACUAACUCAGUUCAAAAACAAAUGCACAUAGGAUUCUCAGCUGUGACACAUUAACCUUUCAGUAUGUCUGACCAAAAACAAGAAAACAAAAAAUCUCAAAUUGUGGACAGCGAAAAUGUCCCUUCAGAAUCGAGCAUCAAUGCAGAAUUCAAAGACAGUGACACUUCCAAAGAAGAAAGCAAGAGACAACAGAUGAGUUUGGAACGGAAUCUGGAGAAGUCUACAGUAGAUCAGACGAGGGAAGACCUGAAGGAGCCAAUGGAGGACACGGGUGUAGACUUGGAGCCAAGUGUGGAGCAGCAGAGCGCAGUGGAGAAGAGUGCAUUGUCGGGGAAAGUGGCGAAGAGUGCCUUGCCAGGGGAGGUGGAGAUGUAUGAAUUUCUGUCGGAGACAGAGAAGAGUACAUUGCCAGAGGAAGCAGGGAAGAGUGCGUUGCCAGCGGGGGCGGAGACGAGUGUGUUGCCGGAGAAGAAUAUGUUGCCAGCGGGGGUGGAGACGAGUGUGUUGCCGGAGAAGAGUAGGUUGCCAGCGGAGACGAGUGUGUUGCCGGAGAAGAAUAUGUUGCCAGCGGGGGUGGAGACGAGUGUGUUGCCGGAGAAGAGUAGGUUGCCAGCGGAGACGAGUGUGUUGCUGGAGAAGAAUAUGUUGCCAGCGGGGGCGGAGACGAGUGUGUUGCCGGAGAAGAAUAUGUUGCCUGCGGGGAUGGAGACGAGUGUGUUGCCGGAGAAGAAUAUGUUGCCUGCGGGGAUGGAGACGAGUGUGUUGCUGGAGAAGAGUAGGUUGCCAGCGGAGACGAGUGUGUUGCCGGAGAAGAAUAUGUUGCCAGCAGGGGCGGAGACGAGUGUGUUGCUGGAGAAGAGUAGGUUGCCAGCGGAGACGAGUGUGUUGCCGGAGAAGAAUAUGUUGCCAGCGGGGGUGGAGACGAGUGUGUUGCCGGAGAAGAGUAGGUUGCCAGCGGAGACGAGUGUGUUGCCGGAGAAGAAUAUGUUGCCAGCGGGGGUGGAGACGAGUGUGUUGCCGGAGAAGAGUAGGUUGCCAGCGGAGACGAGUGUGUUGCCGGAGAAGAAUAUGUUGCAGGAGGCGGUGAGGCAGAGGGCGUUGCCAGAGAAGACGGAGCAUGCAGUGGUGGAGAAGCUGUGGACACGAGGUAAAAUUGGUGCAGCGGUUGUUGUUCUUCUUAUUGCUAUUGGCUUUGCUAUGUGUGCCAAUCCAUUCGGCGGACCACAGACUUUAGACUCCAGAUCAGUACUUCAGAUUUUUCAGGGUGAGUUUAAAAGACUCCAGAAAGAUUUUCCUGAACAGAAUGACAAGUUGUGGUUAAGAAGUGGAAAAAUGCUGACCAAUCAUCUCAACAAAUCUCAUCCUGAUGAACCCGCUAUGAUCAUCCUCACUGCAGCCCAAGACGCCAAACGCACUUUACAAUGUUUAGGUAGUGGUCUAGCACAAACCUAUGCUGUUGCCCUAAAUUCCAGUUGGUUGUUGAUCCAUGGUCCAUCUCAAGCCCAAUAUGACGCCAGUACUGCAAAACUCAAUAUAGAUGAACAACUAAGCGCAGGAUUCGAGACUGAAAAUCGGGCAGCGGUAUUAAAUAAUUUAGAAACUUUGCCUCCUGGCUCCUUGCUCAUCUUUUUCAAGUACUGUGAUCACGAAAAUGCUGCAUACAAGAACGUGGCACUUGUGUUCACUGUAUUACUGGAGGAUUCAUCACUUGAGCCAGACACUCCUCUCCCAGAGUUGGAAGAAAAAGUCCGGGACUUCCUGUGGCAGCAGUUUGUUCACUCCGUAAGAUCAAAUCAGGAGAUGGAUAGUGAUAAGCUGAGUGGGGUGUGGAGCCGCAUUUCUCACCUCGUUCUACCUGUACUUCCAGUUGAAAGAAUAGAAACUGGCAACUGUCCUUUUGAUCAUGAAUGAGAUUAGAAUAAAAGAUUGCCGAAGACAAUAUGCAAUGUUGCGCUAAUCAGAACUGAAAGCCUUUCAUUGAUUAACUUACCUUAUUCCCAUAUAUUGCACUGGGAUAUUCUUUUAAUAAAAUUGUGCCUUAUUAUUAUUUUAAAAGACUGUCACCUAAAUUGGAAGCCCAUCUGUUGUAACCCAUACCUUGCAAACCAUUAUAGUAUCAUCGAAUCGACCAGCUUGACUUCUAAUUAAAGUGGAAUUCAGGAUGCAGAUGUGGCAUUCAAAUCACACACUAUUACAUUUUUAAAGUUCCUAUUUGAUUUAUUGCCCAGAACUUUUUUAUCUGAUUUUAUUUUGGAAAAAUUAUUCUGUCAUAUUUUACCAAGAAGAUGUCUAAUGAUAUAGGAGACGGACCAAAAGCUGCAAAAUAAAUGACAUUGUUGUAAACAG